AUGGUGGAACUUCAAACUCCUCGUCUCAGACAUGCGACGGCUCUAGGCGUCCUCCUCCUCGUCGUAUGCGUCUCCAGAAUUGCGGCGUUGAGACGAGUGUUGAAUGAGGCACCUCCCAUCUUCGACGGCGCCACGGAGCUUCAGAAGGUUCGCGAGGCUCUUCGAUCGGCGGGUUACACGGAAUUCCUAGAACGGCUCAACAAUCCUCAGGUAUUAAACGUAAUUCGGCCGGCGUUGAAUCACUAUCAGCUCACCAUAUUCGCCGUACCGAACCACGCCAUUCUCGGCGUGGCAAACGGCACCGCCGUUCCUCCCGGCUGCGCCCGUGCCGUGUCGGCGACGAGAAGAUCGGGGUCUCCUUCCGAUCUGAUGAGUUCCAGCAUGUCUUUGCACAUCGUUCUCGGUCUCUUCACAGCAGAGGACAUUAUUGACUCACCUGAUGGCUCGAAGUUUGGAGGCAUCAAAGGCUACGAAUCAAAUUAUAGGGUCGGUUCUUAUCCGUUCGAUCAUGCUGGGAGACAGAAGAGGAGCACCAUCCCGGAGGGGAAUGACCGUGCUCGGGAAGAUUCCUGCCGUUCCAAAACCAAUCAACCUUCCCAGCUUGAGAACAAAGGACUCGACCCAUCAGUCGCACUUGUCCCACGAGGAAGCCUUACAUGGGGAUCCAACAAGCCCAGUUCUCCCUCUGCCUGGGCCGUCCCUGAACCCUCUCCACCCGCUCCUCCGUCCGCAUGGAAGCCGCCUGGCGCAGAGCAAUCCCCACCCCCUCUUUCCGUCUCCACGUGGCCUCAGCCCAAUGGAAACCCAUCUCCCGUCAACCGCUCCCCUGUCCCUCCGUAUCCUCCGGGGCCCUCAUCUCAAGGACCCCCUGGUUCCGGACCGCCAGGUCUGGGGCCUCCAGGUCCGGGAGCGUUUCCGAGCCUGACUUCUGACCGUAGGAGCCCCGUGCCUGGUGGUCCGGAUUCGUCGUAUCAGCAUCAGCCGCAGCGGUCGCCGCACCACGAGGGGGAGCCUGGCGCAUCCGGGUACCCGCAGUGGGGGGGGCAGGGGCCAGGGGCCCCGCGCGAAGGCCCGCGGGGCGGGCCGUACGUGGGGACGCCGCCAGGUGGUUCGCUGCGGAGCUCGCCUAACCCCUCUGCAUGGUCGACCUCCACUGACCGCCAUGGCGAAUCGGACGGCAAAGGAGGGCAGUUCCAUUUGUCGGCGGGAGAUUUUCCGUCGCUGGGGUCCGAACAGGCCAAGCAGCAGCAGCAGCAGCAGCAGGAGCAGCAGGGGCAGCAAGGCCAGCAGCAGCAACAGCAACAGCAGCAGCAGCAAGAGGGGCCGCGUCAUCCGAAUGAGCAGGACGGCGCGGGGUAUUACCGAGGGAGGGACGACGGGCAGGAGCACGGAGAGCACGGACAGCGUGGUGAAGGGCCAAUGGGGUGGGACCCGGGCAUGGGGCGCAGGCCAGGCGCGGGACCGGAUCAGAUGAUGCCUGCGCGCUGGCAUCCGCACCCCCCCGGCCCCGGGGGCGCGGGCUUUGAGGAUCCCCCUCCGCACGGCCUGUGGCCCGGGCACAGGGCGGACCGUAUGCCUCCCCCUCCUGGGGACACGUGGCACCGCGGCGGCCCUGAUGGUGACACGUCCCCGCCUCCGCCGGGUGCGGGCGCGGGGGGGGAGAUGUGGCGGGAGAGAGGUCCGGAGAGUGAGAACUGGCGCGCGGGGGGACCAGCAGGAAGUGGACCAGGCGCGGGUGGCGCAGCUGGAGGGGGAGGGCCGGGGGAGAACUGGCGGGGGCCGCCAGGGAUGGCCCCGCCGAUGGGGUAUGGGCGCGGGGGGGGACACCCAAUGUACCGCGGAUCAGAAGGCCCGGAGUUUGGGUUUGCGCAUGGGGCGGGGCGGGGGGGACCUCCGCCUGGCGCAAUGUACGACGGUCCCAUGCGCCCGGGGAUGAUGCCCCCGCACGGCUACGGCAUGCAUAUGGAUCCGCGGGGAGGGGGGAGGUUCGGCGCGCGGUAUGGCCCGGGACAUGGGCCGGGCGCGGGGAUUCCGCAUGGUCCACAAGGAAGAGGCGCAGGCGCGCAGUUUGACAUGCCCCCCGGAAUGUUUCCCCCUCCGCCGUUUGACCAUUUCCAUGCGCCGCUGGGGCAGGGCCGUCCGCCUUUCCGCCCCAUGGGCCCGCACGAUGAAACCAUGGACUUCUCAAAACCCGCGUUUGAGGAUGACCAGUUUCUGGGUAGAGCACCCGAGGGGACCCCGCGCGGGGGAGAUGGGGGGAAAGGGGAGCAGGGGGGCCGGGAAACUGGGAGGGGCGCGGAAAGCGCUGGAAGAACGCAGCCGGAGCAGGUGCGCAUUCUGAAGCGGCCGGAAGGAGGGGCGGCGGGCGGAGAGGGGGUGGCGCAAGGGGGUAGUGCGGGCGCUGGGAGUGCAGGCAAUGGGGGUGCAGGUGUGGCUGUGAGGUCUGGUGCCAGUAGAGAUGCAUCUGGGGAAGCGCAGUCUGCUGCAAGCGCAGGGAGGGGCGCAGAGAAGCCCAAGGCUGCUGGGUCUGUUGCACCCGGACGGAUUGGGUCCGAGCAGUUAGCAUCCGGACAGGUGGCAUCUGCGCAGGUUGCACCUGGGCAGGGGCCAGCAGCGCAGGUGGCAGCAGGUGGGCAGACUGGUCCGAGCGCAGGGCCUGUGAGGGAGCCCCUCGCUAAGAGCCCGCGCCCGUUCAGCCGAGGCCCCCUGCGGUCGCCGCGGGAGGCGCCUCAGAGGAGGGCCUCUCCCGCUCCUGAUCCCAGCGCUGCGCCUGGUUCCGCCCCCGCCGCAUCUGGUUCUGCCGCUGCUGCAUCUGGUUCUGCGCCUGCUGCCGCGCCUGCCACGGGCUCUUCUGCUGGUACUGCGGCGCCUGGUGGCAGUGUGGGUGAGGGAGGCUCAGCGGCGGGGGCAGGGCAGACAGUGGCGGGAAAGCAGAUCCAGGCAGGUCUGCAGGCGGGGAGUACCGCGCCUCAGCAAGGCCAGGGAGCAUUUGUGGGAGGUGUGCAGGGGGAUGCGCAAGGAGCGGCGCAAGGGGCGCAGGGAGCAGCGCAAGGGGCGCAAGCGCCUGGAUCCAUGCAGGUAGCAGGGACUGCACGAGGGGAUUCGAACGGCGCUGCUGCCGCCACUGCUGCUGCUGCUGCUGCCGCUGCUGCUGCUGGAGUGUCAGCCCCGCAGCAGCAGUCAGCUGGUGGUGCAGGUGCACCCGCCUCCCCGCGCCCCUCAGUCUCAGCACCCGCGCCAACCGCGCAGGAACAGGGUCCGGGGAGUGGCAUUGCUGCUGCUGGCGGAGCUGGGGCGGGGCGGGGCCGCGGGCGCGGAAGAGAGCAAGGCAGGCUGAGGAGCGUGGGGGCGGGGGAGGCGGACGGGCGCUGGACCCCGGCGCGGCAGCAGGAGGAGGCUCAGGGCGCGGGGAGAGGAAUGGGCGGAAGGGAGGGGCCUGUGCAGGGGCGUAGGGGGGUGAUUGGAAAAGUUCCGGAGAGAGAAGAGCAGGGGCAGCAAAGAGGGGGUCCAGUGCAGGUCGGGCAGGUGGGUACUGGGGGGAGUGCGCAAGGUGGUGUGCCGGUGCAGGGAACUAUGCCGGAAGCUUCUAAUGCAGGGGCAGCUGCUGUUUCUGCUGCUUCAGGCUUAGCACAGAACUCUACGGAAGGGGCAGUGGGAGGUGUGGCAGUAGGGGGAGGAGGAGCAGCAGCAGGUGGAAACGUUAAGGCGGAGCCGCUACUUCCCGCGCCCACGUCCGUUCCGCGGAUCAUUAUGGGUCCCCCAAUCCCCCAGUUCCUCGCCCCUGUCGGGCCUCCCCACGGGAUGCGCCAUCCGCAAUUCUUCCCCCACCCGCCCUUCCCCAUGCAGCACAACCUUCCGCCUAACCUUCCGCCCAACAUGCCCCCUAACGCUCCCCCUGGCGCGCGCCCCCCGUCCUUGCUCCCUGGACAGCAGGUGCUCCCUCUGCACCUGCUUCCGCCAGGCCAUGCGCCCCCGCACCAACCUCCCCCCGGUGCCCAUCCGCACGCCCAUCCCCAUGCGCCCCUGCUCCCCCAGCAGCAGGCGCAAGCCGCCAAAGACAGCCUUCUUGCGCUACCCGCGGGAGGGCCCGCCGGUUUCCUCGCGGGGAUGCCUGCGCCAGGCGCGUGGGGGGGCCCUGGGGCACCGGGGGGACAUGGGGGACAGGGGGGAUUAGGGGAAGGGGCAGCUGCUGGGCAGGUAGCACUUGGACAGGCAGUGUCUGUGAAUGAUAGGGCCAAGGGAGGGGCUGGAACGGGAUGGGACGCGGAGAUGGCGGGACAAGGCGGGGCAGGGAGAGGAGCAGCAGAAGGAGGGGUGGGAAGCGGUGGAGUGGUGUCUAGUGGGGGAUAUGUGGAGGCAGGAAGCGUUGGCUCUGUCGGAAGCUUAAGAAAAGAAGGCGGAUCUACUACUCUUCCUCAGCCGCUCACAGCACCGCACCCAGCACCAGCAUCAGUUGCCGAACCACCUGCGCCUUCCGGGCCUCAUUCCGGGCCUCCACCCCCCACUGCUGCUGGGUCGAUUACCGGACCUGCCGUCUCUGCUCCCGUACCUACUGACGCGAGUGCAGGAGAUAAGGGGGAGGUUGGGGAAGGAGCAGGUGGGGGGAGUAGAGGGAGGGGGAGGAAGCGUGGAGGGCAGAGGAGGAAGGGCGGAAGGGGGAAAGGUGGGGCGGAAGGUGACGGUGGGGGUGGAGAGGGGGCAGUUGAGGGAGAUUCGUCUGCUGUUUCUGGGAGUGGUGGUGGUAGUGGUGGGGAUCAAAUCACUGCCGGAAAUGAGGGUUUCUCGCUGAUUGCAGGUAUGUUUGAUGCCUCAGAAGAUUGA